CUUUUUGCCAGCACAAAAACAACCGACAUGUCCGUCACGGCCGUCUUCACGACGCCAGACCUCCUCUACCAAGUGCUGGCCUUCUCACCAGGCGUGUCGUAUGUACUUCGUCUCUUCCUCGAGUCAUGCCAGCAUAUGCCACGAGUUGGCCUUCGUGCCACCGCGCUCGACAUAGCCUGUCGACAAGGGGACUUGCAUUUAGUGCAGCAACUGCAAGAUCGGCCGUGCACCACCAAAGCUAUGGACUGGGCCGCUGCGAACGGUCACUUGGAUGUUGUCGCAUUUCUCCACCAACACCGAUCCGAAGGGUGUACCGUCGACGCCAUCGACCGUGCCGCUCAACGCGGACAUGCCGACGUUGUAGAAUUUCUGCUCACCCAUCGACCAGUUUUCUCACCCAAUGCACUGGUUUGGGCUGCUGCACAUGGCCACGUGAGUGUGCUGAGGGCUCUCCUCAAUGCUAACCCAACUUGCGAAUGGAAUUACGAGCAUGCCAUGGCCCGAGCCAUCGAAAACGGACAUGACAACGCCGUCACGUUUAUUCGCUCGACCUUGUCGAAUCGCCGUCCCGUCGUUGUUGCCAUCGCCGAUGAAAGCGUUAAGGAGGGGUUCAUCAGUUCGCUGCCGCGCCGCUUGAUGUAAAACCCUAACGCGGUUUACAAUGUGUGUGUAGGAUGUACUUGUGACAUGUAGUUUCGCCCUUGU